CCUUUCCAAUUGUUUCCUUGUUUAGACUGCUGCAUCUUUGGAUCGGGUGCUUCCUUUCUCUACCAUCUCUUCUCCUCCGCCACCCUGCUUGAUCCGCCUUCCUCCCGCACAGCCCUAACCCGCCUGCCUCGGUAGUGGCCUCUUUUUUCCUCUGCUCCUCAUAAGUGCUGUAUGCCUCCAAGGUCCUCUGCAACUCUCCGCCCGUGGAACGCCAGAGCCCUGCUUUCGCCUGCACCUUAUCGCUCCUUUACGCUUUCAGGCACCCUUGCGGCGAUCACCCCUCCUUCCCAAUCUAUUUCGCCACGGGUCCUCGCCCCUCGUCCCUGCUGGACCCCGUCGUUUCAUCCGUCUCGCUCCCUGUCCCUCCGUGCCUCAUUUUCCACUUGUCCCGCCACCAUGGGCUCGAUCGAUCGCAUCACCGAGAACUUGGAGAAGCCGGAAAUCGAUGACCGAUCCUACCGCGUGGUUCGCCUGCCCAACAAGUUGGAGGCCCUCCUCGUCCAUGACCCGGAGACAGACAAAGCCAGCGCGGCGCUCAACGUAAACGUCGGCAACUUCUCCGACCCGGAUGAUUUGCCCGGUAUUGGCCAUGCUUUGGAGCACAUGCUUUUUAUGGGAACGGAAAAGUACCCCAAAGAAAAUGCAUACAACCAAUACCUAGCGGCCCACUCGGGUUCUUCCAACGCUUACACAGCUGCCACCGAGACCAACUACUUCUUCGAGGUCUCUGCGACUUCGACAUCAAGCGAUGCCUCCUCCAGUGGCAAAUCUACCCCCAACGGCGGGGCCAACGGAACGACCACCCCGGAUGCCAGCAACGCGGGCCCGUCGCCCCUGUACGGUGCCUUGGAUCGAUUCGCCCAGUUCUUCGUCUCCCCCCUGUUCCUGGAAUCUACCCUGGACCGUGAACUCCGGGCAGUGGAUUCCGAAAACAAGAAGAACCUGCAGAGUGACUUGUGGCGCCUUAUGCAGCUCAACAAGUCCCUGUCGAAUCCCGCACACCCGUAUCACCAUUUCUCCACGGGUAACCUGCAGACGCUGAAAGAGGAGCCGCAGAAACGCGGCGUGGAUGUUCGCAGUGAGUUCAUCAAGUUCUACGAGAAGCACUAUUCGGCAAACCGGAUGAAGCUGGUGGUGCUCGGACGAGAGUCUCUGGACGAGAUGGAACAGUGGGUCGGGGAAUUGUUUGCCGGAGUCAAGAACAAGGAUCUGUCGCAAAAUCGCUGGGAUGACGUACAGCCGUGGUUGCCCACCGACAUGUGCAAGCAGAUCUUCGCCAAGCCUGUCAUGGAUAGCCGCUCCCUCGACAUUUACUUCCCCUUCCUGGACGAAGAGUUCUUGUAUGAGUCACAGCCGAGCCGGUAUAUCAGCCACUUGAUCGGCCACGAAGGCCCGGGCAGUAUCUUGGCGUAUGUGAAGGCCAAAGGCUGGGCUAACGGUCUCUCCGCUGGAGUCAUGCCUGUUUGCCCUGGCUCUGCCUUUUUCACUGUGUCCAUUCGUCUGACGCAAGAGGGCCUGAAGCAGUACCGGGAAGUUGCGAGGGUGGUGUUUGAAUACAUCGCCAUGCUGAAGGAGCGUGAACCGGAACAGUGGAUCUUCGAUGAGUCGAAGAACCUGGCCGAAGUCGAAUUCCGAUUCAAACAGAAGUCCCCCGCUAGUCGGUUCACGAGUCGUCUCAGCAGCGUCAUGCAGAAGCAGCUUCCGAGGGAGUGGCUUCUCAGUGGUUCCCUUUUCCGGAAGUUUGACCCCGAGUUGAUCAAGAAGGCUCUUUCGUACUUCCGUGCCGAUAACUUCCGCAUGAUUAUUGUCUCGCAGGACAUCCCUGGGAACUGGGACUGCAAGGAGAAAUGGUACGGAACGGAGUACAAGGUUGAAGAUGUGCCCCAGGACUUCAUGUCCGGCAUCAACGAGGCACUGGCGACCACCCCGGAGAAGCGACUGUCUGAGCUGCACAUGCCUCACAAGAACGAGUUCGUUCCUACCAGACUUUCGGUGGAGAAGAAAGAGGUGUCCGAGUGCGCCAAGACACCCAAGCUCAUUCGUCACGACGACCACGUCCGCCUGUGGUUCAAGAAGGACGACCAAUUCUGGGUUCCCAAGGCCACGGUUCACAUCACUCUUAGGAAUCCUUUGGUGUGGACGACGCCGGCGAACCUGGUGAAAGCCAAGUUCUACUGCGAGCUUGUCAGAGAUGCGCUUGUGGAGUAUUCCUAUGAUGCCGAGCUUGCCGGUCUGGACUACCAUCUUUCCGCUAGCAUAUUCGGCCUGGACGUUUCGGUUGGCGGUUACAACGAUAAGAUGUCCGUGCUAUUAGAAAAGGUGCUUACCAGCAUGCGGGACCUGGAGAUCAACCCCGAUCGGUUCAAUGUCAUUAAGGAGCGCCUGACUCGCGCCUAUAAGAAUGCCGAGUACCAGCAGCCCUUCUACCAGGUCGGCGACUACACCCGGUAUUUGACUGCCGAGAAGACCUGGAUCAAUGAGCAGUAUGCUGCUGAGUUGGAGCACAUCGAAGCCCAGGAUAUUGCGUGCUUCUUCCCUCAACUGCUCAGCCAAAACCACAUCGAGAUCCUCGCCCACGGUAACUUGUAUAAGGAAGACGCCUUGCGCAUGACCGACUCCGUCGAGAGCAUCCUCCAGAGUCGCACCCUGCCUCAGUCCCAGUGGCACGUGAGGCGCAACAUGAUCAUUCCUCCGGGAUCCAACUACGUGUAUGAGCGCACGCUGAAGGAUCCCGCCAACGUGAACCACUGCAUCGAAUACUAUCUGUUCAUGGGCGACGUCACCGACAAGGUCCUUCGCGCCAAGCUCUUGCUGUUUGCUCAGAUGACCGACGAGCCGGCUUUCGACCAGCUGCGAAGCAAGGAGCAACUUGGGUACGUCGUCUGGAGCGGUGCGCGUUAUUCCGCCACCACUGCCGGCUAUCGGGUUAUCAUCCAGAGCGAGCGCACCGCGCAGUACCUGGAGUCUCGUAUUGAUGCCUUCCUCGGAAACUUCGGGCGUGAGCUGGAACAGAUGUCGGACGACGACUUCGAAGGCCACAAGCGAAGCGUCAUUAACAAGCGACUGGAGAAGUUGAAGAACCUGAGCUCCGAGACCAACCGGUUCUGGACUCAUAUCGGCUCCGAGUAUUUCGACUUUGUGCAGAACGAGUCCGACGCUGCUGGCGUGCGAGCGCUGUCCAAGGGUGAACUUGUGGAGUUCUUCCACCAAUACGUCAACCCCGAAUCCCCCACUCGAGCCAAGGUUUCCAUUCACCUCAAGGCCCAAAGCGGCCCCUACGUGAAUGGUGCCGAGUCCGAAGAGCCGAAGUCCCGAUUGGUGUCCGCUCUCGGUAAGCAGCUUGAGGCUGCUGGAUUUGCAGUUGACACGGACCGCCUGACUACUGCCUUCGCCAACCUCGACGUGGCGCCGGGUGCUGAGGGCCAGAUCCUUGACACUCUCAAGAACUUCCUGGGCUCCGAAAUGAGCCUGUCCGAGCAGCAGAUUGAGCCCGUUCUCAAACAGGCCGAACAGAACCUGGGCGUGCACCUGAAGCAGCUUGGUCUUGAGCCGACGACUAACGGAGAUGCGAAGUCAUCGGCUACCAAUGGCGUGACCUACAUUACCAACGUCCCCGAAUACAAGGCACGUCUGGCCGUCAGUGCUGGACCCAGCCCAUUCACCGAUCUGACUGAAUUCGAGGACUUCGAUGCGAAACUUUGAGCGACCAAUAGAUUAUGUUUUUAUGUACCGGUUUGGAUUGGAUGAACGGUUGAGAUUAUUGGGUUAGCAUAUCUUUAUCAUCAGGAGAAUUGUUGGGAUCCAGCAUUGGGGAUGGCGUGUAGCAGUAGAGAUCAUUCAACAAUCUUGAACAGUGUCUUUCACAAGUAUCUGGCUGCGGCGUGUCUUGCCAAUUACCAUUACUAUACC